UUGUUGUUGUCACUGUGACUGUUAUUGUUAUUGUUAUUAUUGUUAUUGUUGCGUGUGAACGCCUUUUGUCUCGGCGCUGUCAUGUAUCGUAAUAAUGCGGAUAGUUCUUUCUGUUUCAUCAACCGCUUGAACGGCACCACCCACGAUGAAACGCAGCAGCCGGGCGAGCAUGAGCCGACAUCGGCGAUCCUCAACUACUGCAAGCGCAAGUUUCUGCGCCCAUAUGUGGCCAUCCUGACCGUGGUCGGCCUCAAUCCCAUUUCCACGGACAUGAGUACGGUGGGCGCCUGCAGCAGCUACGUCCAGGCGAUGAUGGUGUUAUUUGUCCUCCUGGUGGGCUACGUGCUGCGCUACCUUUGUGGCUAUCGUGGAGAUCGCGGCUUUAGUAGCUACCGAGACAUCCGACCCGGUGGCUACGGCAACGGCAACGGUACCGAUGUCUGCGGCUCCGCCUCCGCCAGCAGCACACCCAACACAAUCGGGGAGCUGCUCUUCGGCUAUGUGGUACCCAGUGUCCUCAACCUGCUGAGCUUCGUUUCAGCCGUGCUCGUAUGCAAGGUGAUCGAGCACGAGCAACUGCAGAAUCUCAUCGAGCGCGUGUUCCUGCUGUCCGCCAAGCCCAAACGACUGUGCCGCAUGCUCUGGCUCUAUUUGGGCGUGGCUCUGGCUCUGGUGCUGCUGCUCUUUGGCUAUGCCUGUAGCGUGGUGUUCAUGCAGCAGGCGCAGAUCAUCAAGGUGACCUGGCUGGCCGAGGCGCUGCGCGCCUGGGAGCUCUGGCUGCGCAUCGGGCUGCUCAGCACCAUCUUGCUGCAGGAUCUCGUGGAGAUCAUUGUGCUGAGCAGCUACUACAUUGAAUGCUAUUUGCUGCGCGUGCAUCUGGAGACGCUGUCGCACAAGCUGCUGAUGCACUCCAUCGAUCCGUUGGACUGGAUGCGCGAGAUCCUGGAGUUCCGCAAGCUGCUCGAGCGCGUCAACCAACACGUCUCCAUACCCGUUUGCUUCCUCAUCGUCAUGAAUCUGGCCUACGCCUUUGCGGGGCUCGUCUACCUGUUUAAGGACUUCGACUUCCAUUACUGUGCCCUGAAGCUGGUGCUCCUGAACAUUGCGAAUGUCAUGUUGUGGCUCUUCCUAGGGCUGCUACCGUUCUUUGUGGCCGGGUCCGUCACGCGCGUCUGCCAAAACGCCCAAGCGAACGGACACCAAAUCCGGGUCCGUCCCUUUGUAUAUCACAAUACCUCCGCCGAGGAUCUCAACUCGACGUUAUUGUUCGCCUCCUCGCUAGACAUGUCCGCCAAGCUCUUCCGAAUGCCCAUCCAGUCCAACUAUCUGUGCUUCGCAAUACUCGUGGUGACCAUCGUAGUCCUCACCCUAGGCAUGUGCCUCAAUCUGAGCGCCUUGGGCAAAUUCUGAUACAGUGAAGACUUAGUAUAUUAAUAUUUCCAAUAUA